AGAAGAUGGUGCCGACGAAGUAGACCGCGAGAAAAACUGGAGCGGCGGCGGGGAAAACGAAAUAAACUACGGGGAAACUACCAAGAGGCCGGGCCACUUUCAUGCAGGAGCGGGCAACAAAAAUUACCACGGAGAUAGAAAGUAUGACUAUCAUGGAGAGGUGGAUGACUCAAGCAGUGAAGACGACGCUUUGAAGCAGUAUCUCCAGGAGGACGAAGUUGAGGACGAAAAGUUCUUCGACUACAAGCGUCAGGGCUUUACACACGACAACCCGCACAUAUUUCAAAAUCCGGACUACAUCCACCUCGGGGGCCCGUACAGGUUUCGAAAACACAAGCCCCACGACUUCAAUUACCAUUUGGGCAAAGCGAUGGAGAAGGUCGGAAGAAAGUACGAGCGGCAAGCAAGGCAAAGCGGCCUUGUUUCCCGGAGACUGUUCGGAAUGCUGGUCAAACAGAGCCGCAAGCAUGAGCGCGCGUUACGGUUGCACAGGACGACUGGCUGUAGCUACGAAUCCGGUUUGUACUCCGCAAGCAGCGACAGUGAGUUUGACACCGACGAUCCCUUCGACUUUUCCUGCUUCCAGGGCGGGGCGAUUCCCUUUCCGGAUGACUUUCUGGCGCAUCGAGCAGGGUACGAGGGCAGCCGGGAGAUGCUGAAGCUGAUUCCGAGGUUGCAGAAAGCAGGAAUGAUCAAAAACGUGGACGAGCUGCGGGAGUGCUUGAAGCGCAAUCGGCAUGGCGCCGGGAAGGAGGUUUUUCCUGUUGCACGAGCUCAAGUGAGGAGCAGGGCUUUCGCUCCUGGUGACGAGCAUCAUGCUCAUUCUGGUCAAGCGCGAACUCCGCUAGAGCGUCGCGCAGCAGGUGAGCGACGUUCUCCGCAUGUUAAUAAUGCUGCGUCGUCUUCCGGCAGCGAGCUUUUAUCGUCAUCCGAUGAGUCCGUUUUCGAAGAAGACGUGGAAGGGUCGGAAGUUGAGGACAUGAACCUGGACGCAAUUUUUCUGACCGAACAGCAGCAGAAAAUGCUACAACUCAUCGAGAAGAUCAACCAUGAGGAGGACGAAGGGCGACGUGUGCCGCCACUGUCCGCAUCUUUUGCAUCGGAUAAUUAUGCAGCAUCUGCUCAUCCUGAUAUGGCUCCGACUCCAAGUACUAGUCUCUCUCAUCAUCAAGGAGGACGCGAGUGUCGAGAAACGCGGAAGGACCACAGCAAAGGAGUUGCUACAGAGGAGCAGAAGCCUGCGCGUGGUGGUGCUGCAGCGUCCAUACCGCCCCAUUUGUCAUGUGCGUCUACCCCUGUGGUAGAUAAGAAAAGUUCUGUGUCUCCGCGGCCAGUAGAUUGCCGACAGAGCAACAACCUGUGUAGUUCCCGCGCUGCUGUGUUAUUCCCGAAGAAAGGCAUUUUGAAGAACGCCACCCAGCCGCUUCCCUUCGUGUACACACCUCCAACAUCUUCGGGGGUACUGCAAAAAACGACGGUGCCGGGUGGAAAUGCAAAGCCAGGGGAGGGCGUACGACCCCCAGUGAAGACAACAUUAUGUCGGAUCGAUUGUAAAAAUCCCUAUCGGCUACCUGAUCCGCCACUUCGUAGCUGGGCCGGUUCCUGCUCUUUCGGUGAGGAGGACGUUGCUGGAAGCGUCAAACUUUCCCUGGAGCGUUUCCGAGAUGUGGAUCAUCACACGAGGAAGGCCGAGCAACCAGCUCCGGCUGUCGUGGGUGACCAGAUGAUUCGCCAGUCUCGUCCUAUGCCCGCUGUUUUUUCAGCAGUUGAAAACAAAGCGGACCUUCUUUCUGAAGAAACCGCGGCGACAAGAUCUUGCCACGCGAAAGACCAAGACGAUGCGGAGAACGACACGCCGACGUGCCCCCCCACCUCGCCGCAGAGCACGGCGGUGCCGUCACCUGCUCCAGUCAACCACAGCCACGCACUGGAUCAUGAUACUCCGGAUGCGGAAGCGGACGCGGACACUAGUGGCGAAUCGUCUCCUUCGGAGCAUCAAGACGGUUCGUCUUCUUCGUCACAUCUGUUCACGUCCUCGUCGGAGGAGGAAGAGGAUCGAGAUGAAGAGACCGCGUCUUCCUGCGUCAGCGAGUCUGAGUCAGAGCCAGACGAUCGGCAAGGUGCAUGUGGGACGGGUUCUUCAGACGCCGGCUCAGAGGACGAGGAGGAGGAGGAGCCACUGGAAAGAGCACCAAGCCUGAAAGUGCUGCAACUGGAGCACGGGCGCAGUAUCCUCGGCGGCGGAGACUUGUAUGGCAUGGAUUGAGGUUGAUUGAUACGAUGAAGUGUUACGAUGGAAGACUCGACUUCGUGUUUGAAGCGACAUUGAGGUGUCGAUAUUUACUUUCCCUGUAGAAAACAAGCCAAGGCAAAAAGCGACAAUAACGCAUGAAAGAAUUUUAGAAUUCCCGUGCUAGAGUAAAUUGAAAUUUGAAUACUAGAGUACUAUUACGCCGGCGUCCAGGAAGGAGCCGAUGUUUGUACUACAUGCGAAGCAAAAGAAAGCGCGCAAUCAAGCGACGUAGUGAUCAAAAGAUCUUCAUUGUUGUGUGCCUUCGUGCUGCAAAAGUACGCGGGUACCUACUGAUGUAACACUGGCGACAAUCGACAUUUUCUUUUUCGCGUUUGCGAAUGAUACACGAUUUGCCAUUUUCGCUUGAAAAUACUUGAUUGUCGUUGCCUGUGCAGCACAGCAAAACAAUCUGAGUUUGUUCGUGUCGUCUUUUGCUCUCUGUGGGAGUGGUGCAGAAUUUCUGAGAUUCCUUCAAAUUAGCUUCGAAGAAUGAAAGCAGGUGACAUCAAAAGUUAAAAGUUUGGAUAAAAAAGCUUUGGACAUGAGCGAGCAACAUUGCGCGACCUUCUCCUGACGUACCUUUUUACGACAAUUUGCUCUGAAAAAGUGCGACGAGAAGAAAAAGGACUUCACAAAUUAAGAACAUCAAAUUGAAGUUCAC